UGUGUGUGUGUGUGUGUGUGUGUGUGUGUGUGUGUGUUGCAGACGGGUCAUGGAGGUCCCGUCCCACAGCCUCUUCCUGCUGCAGCAGCUCAACGUGCAGAGAGAGUUCGGCUUCCUGUGCGACUGCACCGUGGCCAUCGGCAACGUUUACUUCAAAGCCCACCGAGCCGUGCUGGCCUCCUUCUCCAACUACUUCAAGAUGAUCUUCAUCCACCAGUCCAGCGAGUGCAUAAAGAUCCAGCCCACGGACAUCCAGCCGGACGUCUUCAGCUACCUGCUGCACAUCAUGUACACCGGCACGUGUCCCAAACAGCCCGUGGACCAGAGCCGGCUCCAGGAUGGGAUCAAGUUCCUCCACGCCUACCAGCUGUGCAGGAAGCCCGGCGAGGGGACCCCCGACGCCACCACCGACGUGGUCCGCAUGUCCAACCUGUACGGCAUCCAGAUCUCCUCUCAGCUGGCCAACAAGGAGACGCCCGGCGUCCCCAAGACCACCACUGUGUCCCGCGGGGCCCCCGAAGACGGGCAGUCCUCUGGCAGGGGCCUACGGUCCCACUCCCAGCUGUCCCUGGCUGUGGGACUGGAGGGGGUCCCUCAGGACCUGCAGGUGUCGGGGGUGCGGAACGUCUGCUCGGUGGCGUCCGGAGACAGCGCGGACGUCUCGGCUCGCAUCAAGCAGGAGCGAGUGGAGGAGGAGGACGGCGAGGGGGAGGAGGGGCCCGGACUGGAGUCUCUGUCCCCCGCGCAGGGCAGCAGCCCCGGUCAGGGGUCCAUUUUCAAAGACCGGCCCCUGGUCCUGCAGUGUCCUCGCUGUGGGGAGCGCUGCUCCUCACCUGAGGGCCUGCGGGAGCACCUGUUUAGCCACGCCUUCGACCCCGCCCGCCUCAUGGAGGGGCUGGAUGCCGGCGCGGAGGAGGGGCCUCCGGGGGCCCGGGAGCAGCUGGACGCGGGCUGUCUGGAGGAGGCGCUGAGACAGAGUCAGGCGCUCGCCAACCAGCUGGCGGCGGAGCUGCGGCGGAGCCGGGGGGCAGGCGGCGGGACUAGCCCCGCCCCCGUGGUCCUGCACUCGCGCAAACGCAGGAUCGCCUGCGCCGUGUGCAGCCUGCGCUUCGCCCACAAGAGCCAGCUGCAGGAACACAUGUACAGCCACACCGGCAAGCCCGGGCGCUUCCACCGCUACAACCGCCUCUGCAGCCAGCUCUUCCAGGGCUCCGCCCACUUCUGUGAGGGCGGCGCAGAGGGAGGGGGCGGGGCCUCCACCGCCGCCCUCCCUGAGGACGCCAACAGGGACGCUCAGGACAACGGCAGCUCCUGUUACUCCCUAGACUCGGAGGUCUCCCAGGAGAGCGUGGAUGGCGUUCCUGUGGAGUGACGUCACCUGAUGAUGUCACGUCUGGGACCGAGGCCGGCUGCGUACCUGUGCAGGUGUGUAAGUCAUGUGACCACAGUGGAGCCUCGUCAGAACGUCACUGGUUACUCUUAUCGCUUUGGAUAAGGUGGAUGUUUGCUGGUUUUGGGUCAUUUUUCUAAAAACCUGAAACUUUUUUUUUACACCUGACCCUCCACAGCUGCACACACCUGGAGCUGUGAGGAAGAGGAGGAGUCCCCGCCCUCCUGCAGCGACUGGAUGUGACGUCUGUCGGCUGUUUUCAGCAGAACUUUUUCUGACAAUCCAGAAACUCUGAUCAGAACAGAACGUUGAAGGAAACAUGUUUGAGUUUCGGUUCAUUAAAUGAAUCCAUGUUGGAAUAAAGGCACAACGUUCCUUCA